AUGAAGGGUGCUGCCAAUGGUACAUUGCUAUGUAUAAGUGUAUCGAUACAACAGGAAACCAGAAAUCGAGUGCAUAGGAACAGCUAUAUGUCAAGGUUUCUCAAGCGGGGAUGCCAGCACCCCUGGGAACACAAGAUGGCAUGCCAGGACUGGGAGAGAGGGCAGGGUGAGAGGGGGUGCGAGACUGAGUACGAUGAGAUGAGGUGA